AUGUGGCACAAACAAAACAUGUCUACCCUGUUGCUUUUUAAGGUCUUGGAGGAUGUUCACAGCGAUGCUUCUUUCCCCAAGGUCAGCCGAUCUACUCUGUGGAGAGCACUGCAGAAUCUCGGCUUUCGAUUCAAGAAGCGCGGUCGGAACUCCACCCUGCUGGAGCGAACAGACCUUAUCCUGUGGCGUGCACAGUACCUGCGUGCAAUCAAAGCAUACAGGGCAGAAGGGCGGCCCAUCUACUUCCUUGAUGAAACGUGGGCAAAUGCAGGGCACACUCGCUCCAAAGUGUGGACGGAUACGACCGUGAAGGCGCCAAGAGACGCCUACAAUAGAGGCCUCAGUCUUGGGCUCAAGAAUCCAUCUGGGAAGGGAGGCCGCGUCAUCAUCCUGCACGCUGGCAGCGAGGAUGGCUUCGUGGAAGGCGCAGCUGAAGUGUUCCGGGCCAAGAAGGGCACCGGUGACUAUCACCAGGAAAUGGACGGCAAGCGAUUUGAGAAGUGGCUCACAGAGAAGUUGUUGCCCAACAUCAAGGCCCACAGCGUGAUUGUCAUGGACAACGCCUCUUAUCACUCCGUCAAGCUCAAUGCCUGUCCGAGCAGCAGCACACUGAAGAAGGAUGUGCAAGGCUGGCUGACGCUGCACGGAGUUAGUUGGGACUCAACAAUGCUGAAAGUAGAGCUUUUGAACCUCGUGAAAAUGGAGAAAGUCAGAAGGCCGGAAUUGGAGAAAUGUCGCGUGGACGCAAUAGCGGAGCAGCGUGGACACGUGGUUCUCCGUCUGCCACCUUACCAUUGUGAGCUCAAUCCGAUUGAGCUAGUGUGGAGCCAAGUCAAGGGCUACAUCGCAAGCCGGAACGUCACUUUCAAGCUUGCGGAUGUGGAAGCGCUGACCCCAGUCGCUCUCCAGCAAGUGACUGCAGAAAACUGGUCAAGUUACGUGCAUCACGCCAUCGGAGUGGAGGAGCGAAUGUGGGCAGAUGACGGACUUGUGGACAUCGCCAGCGACAGGCUCGUCAUCGAAACCGAUGAAGACUCUACCACAGACAGCUCGGAUGACGAAGACAUGGGUUGUGACACACUGGAGUGGUGA